AUGUUCUCCGCGGCCACCAAGAACUUUGUGAAACAGGUGGGUGACACAGGAAGGCUGAUUCCUGUGCCCAGUCUCAGCGAAGCUGACCGGUAUCAGCCUCUCAGCCUGGUGACCAGGAAGAGGAAGAAGCACUUUUGGAAAAAAAACAAGUAUGGCUCGACCCCAUUCUCACUGAAAGACAUACUUGUGGGAGAAAAGGAGAUCACAGCUGGUGUGUCCUCCUACCAGCUCCUGAACUAUGAGGACAAGUCUGAUGUGGCCCUGAACGGCAGGUUGGGAAACCACCUGCUCAACGACGUGGGCUUCAACAUCACUGGUUCCGACUCAGUGGCCGUUAAGGCCUCCUUUGGAGUAGUGACCAAACACGAGGUGGAGGUGCCCACUCUCCUCAGAGAGCUCAACUCAAGAAAGGUCGACCUUGACCACUGUCUCAUCCGCCAAUCAAAAGACAGUGGGAGAACUGUGCUGUGUGUCGUCAUGGAGAGCAUUCGCACCACGCGCCAGUGUUCUCUUACAGUUCACGCCGGCAUGCGAGGAACCACAAUGAGAUUUCAAAUAGAUGAUGGACGAAAUCCUAAAGGUCGUGAUAAAGCCAUUGUGAUUCCAGCUCACACAACAAUUGCAUUUAGUGUCUUUGAUCUGUAUGUGCGACUUGAUGGACGCCUUGACAUCUGCGUAGCUCCAGAGUCCUGUGGGGGCUUUGAGCAGGGGCAGAUUAGAGAGCAGCUGGGCGGUUUCAUUGGCCGCUUCUCCUUUGGCCGCCUCAGGAGGUUCCUUUCCGGAAUAGUCUACGGAAACCCAUUCAGAGCAGAUGACAGGACAUUUGAGGAGCUGACCCACUCAGACACGUUCCUGGACGACGUGGCCACGGAUUACUACGAGAAGGCCGCCAGCAUGACUGACCUGUCCACGGCUUACCUGCGCGAGAGCAACCACACCCGCGUCAACCUGCUCAAUCAUAACAUCCCCAAGGGUGCCUGCGCCCUGUGCGGGAUGGGCCAGCAGCGGCGCGAGACUGUCUACGGCUGCCUGGAGUGCACCAGCGGCGGGCAGAAGUACGUCCGGCUCCAUGCUGUGCCGUGUUUCGACCUGUGGCACAAGACACUGCGUUGACAAAGGCCAGUGGAGUGGCAGCACUUCACUUCAGAAGGAAAAAAAGUUGGAGGAAGCGUUUGGGUUUUUUUUUUUUUACAUUUUCUCGGCGGAUGUUCUUGCCAAAUUGAAAGGGUCUUAUUAUUGC